CGGAAGUAGCUAGUCAUUGUGGGAAAGAGGACAAAAGCCAUUUAAGAAUAUUGAUUGGGGAAAGUUCCAGCUACUUGCAUUUACUGAAGGGGAGGAGCUCGUAAAAAUACGCGCCAGUAGUACGUAUUUCGAAGUUAUGAUGCGGCGACAAGUCGUUCGGACAGAAGCUGUAUUUCGUGAUCGCUAAAAGCACGUAUUGUGUUGUUUGGAAGACUAACGGCGAAACGAAGUACUGCAGCUCGUAUACGCUCGCUUUUACCUCGGGAGUAGUUGAAAGAGGAAAAGGAGGAAGCAGCAUUGGCUUUCCACAAUGGCAUCGUUAGGAAAUGGAUAACACAUUGCGGAUACCCUCUUUUUCAAUAAGGAGUUUGCAUACAGUGCAGGAAACCAGCUAACCGCCAACCCUUCUUUCUUCUGCUAUAAAACAAAAAGAAUUACACGCGCACGGUAACGACAUUUUUGGUCGUUACUACGGUCAGUUUCUUCGUCAUGAAUAACUUGGUGAAAGUUUCAGUGCCCAUAAAGCAAAAUGAUAAACAGAUGGCAAUGUCCAGUUCAAAUCAAAGUGGGACAGGUGUCUACUAUCAAGCUAUGCCUGCUGUGGGGCCUGAUGGGAAAAAUGUAAUGAAACUCAUUCCAGUUCAGCGAGUCAAUGGACAAUUUGUUAGUAUACAAAAUAGCUCUAACUUACCCAACGCUUACAGAAAUGCUGACAAUGAACCGCAAAGGGUGUACGCCCAACCAAUCCACUUCACCCCAGCACCAGUGUCACAGAGUAACCUUCCAGUUACUCUUCCAAUGCAACCGACUGUCAAUACAAGAUAUGUUCUGAAAAGGCCACCAGACAUAAAUGUGACACUGAACCCCCUAAGUGCAACAGGACAGCUUCAGGAAGGAGUGAGAGUAUCAACAGCCGCUCCCAUUCGAGUCCAUGUUCCUAUAGUUCCCACUAAAGUGACCCAGAAUGUGGUGCCAGUGGCAUCACCAAUGUUGAACUGUGGAAAAGCAAUAACACUCCUGAAUAAAAACCAGUUACCUGUGGCUGUGAAAUCCCCAGUGCUCCCCAGUGGACAUUAUCUUCAAAUUCCAUCAAAUGCUCAAGUGAAAACACUGCCAGCCUCAGCACUUCCUCAGGCUAUAAAAAAGAGGAUAUUGACACCACCAGUCAGCACCCAUUCAGGUGCCUCCAGCACUACACCGAGUUUGCUAACUGCUGUGUAUGUAUCACCAGUGAAUACCAUGAAACUAGGAGCCCCAGUGCAUACUCCCUCAGUGUCACCCACUCCCCUUCCAGUCAAGACACUGUCUAAAACAAGUAGCCAGCCACCUUCAAAUUCUGUGCCUAUUCCUGCCCAAACUCCAAAGGUCCUUUCUAAGGAAAGCCCAGGUCCCAUCACUCCAAUUAAAUGGGUUGUUCAGGAACAGUCUGAUUCAGCUGCACCAUGCCUCGUUCCCCAGAACUCCUCAUCCAUGACACUGGAGAUCCUCAAAACUCUUGCUCAGAUGGAGAAUACCAAGAAUGUUGAUCAGAAUGCUGCCACCAAAUCAUCUCCCCAAAAAAGCCCCUCAGGUGUCGGACCAGGGAAGGACAAUGCUUUGGUCAUGUGCAAUGGGAAGAUGUACUUUGUGGCUAAGAAAACACCCGAGUUUGAUAAACAUGUAACUGUACAACUUAAUGCCACUGAGAGCCCAUCCAGGCGGCCAUCAGGAGAGGCCACAGUCAAUCUGAAAAAUGUCUCUGUACCCUCCAUUCAGGCUUCUAGCAAUGUUUCUGGAUUGCAUGUGCAUAAAUGGUCACAAACAGGAAAUUUCAAUGUCAACAACAAAGUAGAUGAGAUCAUAGAUUUAUGUGAUGAGGACCCACAGGAUGAAUGUUUCAGUCAGAGAAUGACUGAUUGCAGUGCAUCCCAGACCUGCGCCAAUAAGGCUGUUACUGUGGAUGAUGAUGAGGAUUCUAAUGUGAUAUUUGUUUCAUACAUCCCACCCAAAUCAAGUGCUCCGGCAGAUGAUGAUGAAAGAGAAAAGGAAACUGUGCCGGAUAGUACAAUGGAGGAAGAAAUGGAAGCAAAUCUGGGCGAGGAAGUGGAUAGUAGACAGACAGAAAAAAUGGUGAAUGGACAGGAAAUGGAAAACCAGGAAGAGGAAUUAGGAAGUAAACAAGAAAAAGAAGUGGGAAGUGGACAGGAAGCAGAAAUGAGAUGUAGACAGGAAGAGGAAAUGUUAAGUUGCCAGAAGGAUGAAAUGGUUCUGGAAAACACAAGCUGUCGGCUGGAUAUAACCAAUCAGGAAAAAGACAUUACUGAAAAAUUGGGAAGCAUUCAAUCUAAAGAGCCAGAAAAAGAAGAUGCAUAUCAACAAGUAGAAGCUAGUCCCAUGAUACAGGAGAAGGAAAAGCGGCAGGAGAGUGACAGGCUGCUGAAGAGAAGAUUUGGGAUCAGAGCAGAAGUGCAGAUCCAUUUACAAAGGGUCCCUUCUCCAGAGUCAAAGGCUACUCCAAAGAAGGUCCCUCAAAUUGGCUCAAUUAACAAACGUACAUUAGAUGGUAUCCGCAAACUAAUUCAGAGUUCAAGGAUUGAGAUGAAAACAAAAAAGCUUAUUGAAACACAGGUUCCAGCUCCAAAGAGAAAACAUGAAAGCCACAGUAACGGUGUGAAGAAGAAGAAAGGGGAUCAUCAUGAAAACAAAGCUGAGAACAGCGGGAAGCCACCAAGUGAGCAAUGUGGAGAAAUGGAACUUUCGUCAGAAAUAGGAACAAAUGGGGAAGAAGUGGAGACACCAUGUGAUCAACUUGCUAUUCCUGCAGAGAAAACGUCAGCUUCCAUCUUAGGUAGUCCAGUUCCCAUGGAAGUGCCAGAGCAGAGACUCAACACAGUGAGCAGUUCAACAGAAGAAUCCAAAAUAUCCACUGUACUGAGCAGCUUCCCUGAAGUGGAACCUGGAACUGAGUCAUCUGAUGCCAUCUCCUCACCCAAGUCAAGGAAAGGAAAAGGGAAACAAUCUAAAAUGUUGCAAGAUAGUGCAACCAUCAAGCCAUCAGCACCCGAGUGCAUGGAAAUGUGCAAUUCAACUGCUGCAGAAAUACAUUGUGAUUCAUCGCAGCCCAGCAGAACCAAAGCAUCCAAGGCCAUGGCUGCCGUGGAGUGGCCUGAACCAACACCAGAGAAUACAGCAUCUUGUUCAAGCGAGGGUGAAAAAGAGCCAGCAUCUAUAGAGAUACACUGCCCAUCCGAAUCCAGCAGCCUUGGAGGAGAGCUUACUGGCGGUGAUGUUUUCUGUGCAACGCCCAUGGACCCAGAGGAGGUAAAAAGACAUGAGAAAAUCAAACGGCUUAAAGAGCUUCUAAAGGAAAAGGAAGCUGCACUCGAAUUGAUCCGAAAAAAGAUCAUAUGAAUGUCUUUUUUUUUUUUUUUACAUUUAUUUAAAUAUGUAAAUAAAUUAUAUAUUUAUUAACUAAUUUCAAACCUUUGCUACAGUUUGUUGUGUAAAAUUCUAUUGUUUCCUUUUUCAAAUGUGCUGCACCAUAAAUUUUGGAGAGAAAAAAAACAUGCAAACAUCUAGGCAUUUACAUAGUAAUGGAUCAGGUUGCUCUUUUGUAAGAUCUGUUAAGUUCCACUGAGCUCAUAUAUAAGGUUCUUUGAUGUUCCUGUGGUUGUAAUACUUCAAAAAGUGAAAAAUGCAAAUAAAAUAAUUUUCAUUUGUU